AUGAGUAAAGGCGGAAGCUAUGGUGGUGGACAGAGUUCACUGGAUUACCUGUUUGGCUCCGGUCAGCCGGCAAAACCGCCGUCGGUUUCCCCUCCGGUUACCAGAGCACCUAUAGAUGAUGAUGACAGCAACACAAAAAAACCACCAAAAAGUCCUUCACAGAUUCUGGGUGUUUCCAAUAAUUAUCACAGAGCUCAAGGCCAAAACUUAGGCAACUUCAUUACUGACCGUCCGACGACGAAGGUUCAUUCACCGCCGGGUGGAGGCUCAUCUCUCGGGUACUUGUUUGGAGAAAAGUGA